CACGCUGAACACAACAAAACAGUGAGGCAGAGCCAGCAGGAGCUCACAGAGCUCCAAGCUAGUGGCUACAGAGUGCAGCAUUGUUAGCUACCUAAUUAGUUCGCUUUUCAUGCUCGAAAUCCAGUCAUUAUGUCUGAAAUGUUGCUAAAAGAGAUUGACAACGUGUCUCUUUCUCCGCUGCCAAAGAAAGAAGAGACGGAGAGUGAACGACGGAGUUUUCUCUUAGUUGAUGAAAACGAAACCCUGCAGGUGAAGGAUGAAGCCCAGUUCUUGCAGAAGUUGGGCUGUAGUGCUGGGCAAGGAGUCAAAGUACUGUCCAUCUUUGGCAACACAGGUGAUGGCAAAUCACACACACUCAACCAUGUACUUUUCAAAGGUGAGGAAGUCUUUGCCACGUCUCCUUCUCCCACCUCCUGCACCAUCGGGGUGUGGGCUGCUUAUGACCAGUGCCUGGGUUUGGUGGUACUAGAUACAGAGGGCUUGCUCGGUGCCUCCACACAGAUGAACCAGCGAAUGCGCCUGCUGCUGAAGGUGCUGGCUGUGUCGGACAUCGCCGUGUACCGCACUCGGGCUGAACGGCUGCACAAUGACCUCUUCCAGUUCCUGGGAAGCGCCUCGGCCGCCUACCUGAAGCACUUUACCCCCCAACUGCGUGCCCUUUCCAGCCGUUGUGGGCUGGACGUACCGCUCUCUAACCUGGGGCCUGCAGUGGUGGUGUUCCAGGAGACUUCACGCACUCAGCUGCUGGGUCACGACGGCACAGUGCCUGCAGAUGUCCUGCUACAGAAGCGUUUCCAUGACCUAGGCCAGAGCACAGAGGCCUUCAGCUCUGUGCAGUAUGUGGGCACACAAACUAUCACUCCCCCCACAGACUACUCCCAGUUUCUGGAGACCAUCCGGCAGCAGGUGAAAAACACAGCCUCCCGAGCCCCCCGCCAGCCAGCCAUCGUCUUCAGUGCACUGCAGGCCUUGAGCGAUAGGUUCUGUGGGGAGAUCUCGGAUGACAAAGUCAGCAUGUACUCUUUCUUUCCUGACGAGUAUUUCACCUGCCCUUCUGUCUGCCUCAGCUGCAAUGUUCGGUGUAAGAAUGGAAUGAACCAUCAGAAAGACAGAGUGCCACAUAUGGCUGAUGGACUGUGCCAGUAUGCCCAUCAGUACAAUAACAAGGUCCUCAUCUGCAAGAGAUGCUAUGAGGGUGGAAGGGAGGUGAUAGUCGUACCCAAAACAUCUGCCUCUACUGAUAACCCAUGGUUUGGUCUAGCUAAAUAUGCCUGGUCGGGCUAUGUUCUGGAAUGUCCAAACUGUGGCAUCAUCUACCGAAGCAGGCAAUACUGGAUGGGGAACCAGGACCCUGAGAGUAGCGUGGUGCGCCCCGAGGUCAAGCACGUCUGGCAGGGGUCAGAGGCCUUCCAGACAGAUAAUCAGAAUGCUGCUCAGCGGGUGCUGGACGGAGUUAACUAUGUCAUCCAGUCUAUGGCUGAGUACAGCGCUGGCCCCACCAAAGCAGUCACUGCCUGGAUCACGGACCAGGUGGCUCCCCCAUACUGGAGACCUAAUGCUGAGAUCAUAGUAUGCCAUGGCUGUAAUCGAAAGUUCGAGGAGGCAGAGAGGAAGCACCACUGUCGUUCUUGUGGAGAGGGCUUUUGUCAGGCCUGUUCCACCCGCAGCAUGCCUGUGCCUGAGAGAGGCUGGGGCAGCAGCCCAGUAAGGGUGUGUGAUGUCUGCCACCGCCAAGGAGGAGCUUCACAAACUGUCCAAGUAUCCCAGACUGAGCCUCGGACACUGGUGGCCCGAAGGGUGACAGAAGUAGCCCAGUCUACGCUGAACAUGGUCUCCAAUGCAGUGGACUACCCUCUCUGCUUUGUCAAGGGUGUGGCGCGGCCUGACUACUGGGUGCCGGACCAUGAGAUCACUGAGUGCCAUCAGUGUUCCAAGGCCUUCACCUCCAGCAUUCCCAAGCACCACUGCCGUGCGUGCGGCCAGGGCGUGUGUGGGAGCUGCUCAACUGAGAAUCGGCCCGUGCCCUCCCGUGGCUGGGACCACCCGGUGCGGGUCUGUGACGCCUGCGUCACUCACCUGGACUCUCAGUGAAAAAAUAUGGGAUUCAGCGUUGCUCUCACAACAAUCAAGUGCUGUGACCCAGAGGCAGAUCAUAUUCUCAUAAUUUUAUGGGCAUUUAGUGUGCCGUGAUCACGGCUUACUUGCAGGCGCUAGGCUAAAACAGCAAAGGUCAGUAGCAAAAUGAAAGAGAAUACCAUGCUGUGAGUGGACAACCGCUUCAGGUUGUAUCCAGCUUUUAGGCUGAGGAGCCGGAGAGGGUGAGAAUAAUCAGGAGAAUAAUCAGAAGAUGGCUUUGCGUAGACAUUGGACAACAAAAGGGGAAAUUAGUUUAAUUGUAUAUUUAUGAUCAUCAUUUAGUGCUGGCACUAAGAACAAUUCACUCGUUUCACACUGUUAACACUAAGGGUUACAGUUUACUGGCAAUGAGGAGAAUUUCCCCAAAUGUCCAAUGGAGCAAAGUUCACAAACAAACAAAGUUUUGUUUACUGGAUGAGACAAUUCAUAGGAAGGUAUCACAUACAGAUGCGCUCCACAAAAAUCAGAUAUUAUUAGCCUUUUAAGACAAAAAACAUUAGGAUUGUUAAGGACGCUCAGUGGUGCAACCAGAAAAAAAUCCUGCACUGAAUCCAUACAUCAUUUUUGUGACGAUAUGCUUUUGAAAUCUAUCUAUGAAUAAGACUGAGUAGCAAAUUUGAAUUAGUAUUUUUUGUUUAACCAACUUUUUUGCAGAAUCUUUGCUUAAUGUACACUUUUUAGCAUAGAUUUAAGUGAGAGGCUUUGCGCUUUCAGUUCAGUUUGCUUGAUCAGUACAUGAUACAGUUGUAUGUGUGCCAUUCGAAUGGCAUAUAGUGAUUUAUUUUCUACACAUGAUCUUGUGUGGUGCAGCAGUGCUGUCACCAGGGCCACAUACAACACAGCAACGAAUUAUGCAACAAAUAGACCUGCAGGUAAAAGAGGAAUUCUACCAUUUUUUUCCCUUCAGAAUUCACAGUUCAUUCAUAAUUCAGAAUGUCUGUAUAAUUUAGUAGUUAAAAUGUAGACAAAGUCAUUCAGAGUGGUUUGAUGUGAAAUUGUUCAUUGUAGAGAAACUUGUUGAAUAUUCUUUACAGUGGUGGUGAUAGGAGCCAGGAACCAUGUCUACGGUGCAAUUACAGCCAUUUUAUUUACUAUUCAAAAUGAACCUACACGUUUUCUGAGUUUUUAUAUACAGUGUUGAUGAUGGUAAAAUAGUGGUAAAUCUUCACCUCACAGCACUCUGUAUAUACCUGUCUGCCUUGAAUGUAUUUAAAAAUAUGUUUUAGGCCAAAAGCUUCCCUCAUUAUGAGUUUUGUAGCAACCCAUAUAUCGGUCUGCCAAAUAAGUGCAAAUAAUGUGACAUUCAAACACAAACAUUAACCUCUUGAGUUGAGUGGCUGAGUCAGGGAUGUUUCAGUCACAUGUCAAAUGAAAAUGAAAACACAGCGAAAACACAGCGACCCUCCGAUCUCCUCCUGCUGGCUAUAGUCUGUUGCAUCUGAAGUAGUCCUCUUUGUUUUUAAGGCAGCGGACUAAAGGAAUGGCUGGUAUUUUGGGGUUAGCCUUUGCAUAACAUGGGCACAAGACUGAUUGCUGUGCUUCCUCUCAUAUUACCCGUGAAGCCGGUUGUCUUGGUCAGCUGCCUCAGGCAAGACCACAGUCACAAGUCACGGACCAGCUGGUACUGACAGCUGUGUAACUGUGAGAUUUUCCAAACUCCAAAGCUUGAUAGUCGGAGAUUAAGGGACGCACAUAUGAGACAUUGAGAAGUUAGAUGAAGUUGGAGUUGGCUACUUAAUUCAAAAUUCUUGUUCCACCUUAAAUAGUGACUACUGCUCCAUUUAAGGUGGAAUGAAAAAUUUUAUCAAAAACUGCCCAGUAAGAAGGCAACAUUAACACAGUUCAGCAUUUAGCACCAUUUUUGCCUGGCUGCUGAGGUUGUGUGUGUGUGUGUCUGUCUGUCUGUCUCUCUCUGGCAUCACACAACAUAUUCAUAACCAUUUUGUUUAACAGAUUUCUCUGAUGUAGCCUUUUAAACACUUUGGUCAUCUGGUUCCUGCUGUGAAUGAUUCUUGCUCUGUAGGUUUCUCAAUAAUGGUCACAUUUCACAUCAAACUUCUCUGAAUAACUUUGUUUAAUAAAAAUAUGUGGAAAAACAGUGGAAUUCUCCUUUAAUAGAGCUGCCUUAUUCUAACACAAGUACUCCAACACAUCUGUGAGAUCACAUCUGCUCCAGCUACUGUCUGGAUCAGUCUACUCCAUUUUUCAACUGGAUUCAUCCCAGUAAUCAUGUUUCACUCUCAGCCAAUGACCUGGAGCCAGCUAAUUUCCUUUUAGUAAGACAGUCAUUCAUUUAAAAAGGCCUUGAAUAAACAGUUUUCUUCAUAAUAGCAUAUUUGUGGAAGUACAGCAAGUAACAGGAAUGAUUAUUUAAGGGAAUAGAGAGAAAAGUUAGUGAUGCUGAUCAUGUAGAAUGCAGUAAUGGACUAUACUCUCUAAGACAUCUCUCUGCUGCAUCUCAUAAUUGGAAGGCAGCUGCCCUAGUGAGUGCCACUGCAACUGGAAUUAAAAGCUCAGUGGACGUGUGCAUGAGGAACUCAUGCAUGUAUGAAUGUGAAUAUUGUAGAUGUGAGUAGGAAAGUGCAGAGAAGGCUUUUAGUUCAGGCAGUAGACUAGAGCUAUUUGCCGUCAACACAUAGAAACACCACAUAUAAAACUCUUAACUGCAGGCUGUAUAUACUCAAGGUGACUAAGGCAGUAUAAGUCUUCAUUAACUCAGUGCACCUGCGAUAUUGUAUGAUCUCAACUCUCAAUUUUAACCUAUGUUUUGCACUUUAUUUACCUUUUUCAGCUACCAUUAUUGAGAGCCAUAUCAGCAGUAAGCAGACGUGAGAUGUGUAGUGCAGUUAAAGAACGUUUAGAGUUGACUUCCUGGACAGAGAUUAAGCCUAGUUCUGGACUGCACAGCAAUCUGAAAGGAGAUUCUGAAAUAAAGUGGAAAAUGUAGUACAGCCACCCGUUCCAAAACUAGUUUCAAGAUGCCCUCAUCAACUUCGCCUCGCCAUUUCCCCUUCAGGGAAUCCCUGGUGCCAUCUUAAGGGCUGUUCCAUUACUUUUAUUAGCUCAUGUAAAGUGUUCUAAGCCCUCUGAGGGGCGAGGUGCGAGUGAUAGAGCACAUGUCUGGACUUCAGCACCAGAACUUGCCUAGAAAUCACUGCUACCUUAUGCAUUUCCCUUUUUCAAACUCCCAAAAACAGGUAAACAAACCUUUUUGUAAGCCAUAGCAAUAUUUUACAAUGGUAAAGGCAGCACUGUUUUUUUUUGUUUUUUUGUUGUUGUUUUUUUGUUAAAAUUGAAAGAUGUAGCAUUUCAGGUUUCAGGAGAAAAAAAUAACAUGCUAAAAUAUGGUGUAAAGUCUGAAAUAAUAAUUUAAUUUAAUAAUUUUAAAUUUCCCUGUCCAGGAAACCAAUUCUUCGAGUGUUAAGGGCUCAAUCGAGCCAAUCAGACACUCAUCAAAAUGUCCUAAUUAACCAUAAGAAAAGUAAAAAAAAAUAUAUAUAUAUAUAUAUAUAUAUAUAUAUAUAUAUAUAUGUAUACUUUGUAUCUAUAUCAUACUCUGCUUUGUACAUUGUUUGUUGUGGUGCAGUGGUUAGAGACCAGUGCUGCACCAAAGCAAUAGGAAUCUUUAUGUGAAUCCUUAUAUGAGAUGUAUUCUAAUCUUUUCUGAAGCGCAGUGGAUGGAGAAGUGCCUGAAUUAUUUAGAGGAGUGAUUUUCCCCGUGCUGGUGCAUCUCAGCUUAUACGUCUGCGCACUCUGUACGUUUACGGAGUUAAACAUUUUCCUCGUAUGGCUUAAUAUAGCACUUUAAGCAGUUUAAGGGAGGGAAUCAUUAGGGAAUUUUCUAAACUGUGGACUAUUACCUUUUUUUUUUUUUUAACUAACCUGUGGACUGGAACAGAUCACUCUGGCCUUCUGUGAAGUGACUGAACCAAAGCAAUGAUUUUAAUUGCAAAUAAAAAGAUAAUUCUGUUUUAUUUUCCAGGCUUUUCUGAAUAUUAAAGAUGUUUUAAAGCACAUUGUC